AUGCGACCGAGUCUGCGGCCGGACGAGGACAUAUUUGCCGAUCCCAACUUCAGCGGAGGGCCAUCGGCUACCCAGGCGCAAGAUCCGACGUGCAGGUUCUCGGAUUCGGGGAUAGGGAUCUUGUGCAGGAGCUGCAGAAUGUUGGAAGAACUCAUCAAUUCUUAUUCGAGGACGUCGUCGCCGGCGGCCAAGUCUGAGAGGCGCAGUGGCGUCGCCGGCAGUGUGCCCAAGGAUGCGGACACGACAUCGGCUGCACCUCUGUUCUCGAUGGACACCUCGAGCAUUGUGGACGAGAGCGAGGAGGAGACGCUAUUCGACUUGAUCCUCGACUCGGCCACUUAUCUCGAUGACGAUGGGAACCGCAAGACGGAGAUUGUUCCAUCCAUGUUUCCUCUUCCGCCAGUCGGGUUGUCCAAGUAUGAUCGGUUCGGACAGGACGGCAACUUCUUCUGA